AUGCAGGGUGCAGCCCGUGCCUAUGGAUCUAUGACAAUAGCUCUCUUGAAGGAGGAACUAAGGAGGCGAAACGCCAAAACAUCUGGCAGAAAAAAGGAACUCGUCGAGAGACUUGAGUGCUACGACAGAAAUUUUAAUUUCGGCCAAGGAUGUGAUUUGGAGGAGUCCGAGGAGGUGUAUACUUUUUCUAUGCCCAACUUGUCAACAUACAAGGACGUAAAUAGAGACAGCCAGAUUCCACAUGUAACAAAUGACACCCUGAAGGCCUUCAUACAACAGUUUGGGAAGUCUGAAGAUGGCAAGCCAGAGGCGAUGUAUCGGGACAGGCUUCUUCUCUCAUUGCGUCACAGCAGCGAGGGUGACCAUAUAUACAUAGCAGCUAGAGUUGCAGCAGAAAUGAAGAAGAAGUUGGUAUACAAAGUAGAUGUAAAGUUAGACAAAAAUACACGAGAGUAUCAUGAUCACUUCAGAAAUGUGUGGAUAAAUUCACAAGCAAAAGAUCUGCCAAUUCGGCAGUUAUAUGCACCUGCAAAUAUCUUUGCAGUGACUCAUGAUCAUGAUUACCUGGAACUAACUCAUGAAGAAUACUUUCUUAAGAGUCUUAAUGUUACCAACAUCACAGAGAACGAUCUAGAACAGGUUGAAGAAGCUACAAGGGGACAAAGCACAAACAAGUUUUGGAAGGAAGAAAGAAGAAAACGACUUCAUGCCUCCAACUUUGGCCGAAUAUGUAAGUCAGGGGUUAGAACAGACUUUGAAAAAAUGGCUAGGUCAUUGACAACUAUCUCAGAGUUUUCCAGUAAACCCACAGAUCAUGGGCUGAAGUAUGAAUCUGUAGCUGUGGAGGCUUACAGCAGUAAGACAGGUAAUUUGGUGAAAAGUUGUGGAAUCCAUGUGUGCAUGGAAAUCCCAUAUUUGGCAUGUUCACCAGAUGGCCUUGUUGAUGAUGAUAGGAUUAUUGAAGUGAAGUGUCCUUACACAUGUAAAGACAGUGCAGUAACUCCAACAAGUGUGCCCUAUUUAUUUAUGGACAGCUCUGGAAAAAUGGCAUUAAAACACAGUCACAACUAUUAUUACCAGGUACAGGGGAAUUUGUUGUGUACAAAAAGGAAAUGGUGUGAUUUUGUUGUGUGGACAACGAAAGAUAUGAAGAUCAUGCACAUCCCCCGAGAUGAUGAGUUUAUAAACGAACUCAAAAUCAGACUCCGGGAUUUCUUCGAACAGUUUUUCAAGGCAGCAUUGCUUGAAACUUUUCUGUACAGAGUUACUGACAAGUAUGACUUUUCCCAAGACAAAGGCAAAAGAAAACAUCACAGAAAAGAAGUCCUGGUUUCUUGA